CUGUGCCAGCCAGCAACUUGACUGCAAACUGCGAAGGGCCUUCACUAUCGCUGCAGCUGAGGAAACGCAUCCUACACAAAUAGUUCUACGGCCCUCCCUCCACCCCCGUUGCCUUGGCCUCUCCCGGCUUCACCUCCCCUGUCUCUCUAAAUUGAGUCUCAGUUCCCUUUCUGUCUCUCCUCGCCCUGUGCUGCUAUCCCUCCUCUCAUGCUUCCCUCUCUCUUUCUCACUAUCUCUGUCAGUCUUUUCAAUAGGGAAGUGAAACGCGCUUCCUGAGGGAGGGACUGUCGCUGCCCAGAGAGACUGUCUCUUCUGUCAGGCAGCGGCGAUAGAGACUGCAGGGCGAAGAGACAGGAGUGGGGCAGGUAGAAAGUGAAACAAGCUCUAGCAGCGUGCAGAAGGGGGGCCUCCAGGAGGGACGAUAUUUAAUGUAGUGCUUACAGAUUUGUCUAACUCUGCACUGUGUGAGUUCAGUCCAGCCUCAGGGGUACAGGGUGACAAACUGGUGGCGCCCUCUGUGCGAGGAGAGUGCAUCUGAGAUGGAGGAGAAACAGCCUUCAGGGGAUUUUUGUACUACUAAAUGGGAGAAGAGACUUCGGACCCAAGAGGAAGAGAUAAUGUUGCUGAAGUCAGCACUGUCUGACGUUUUACGGAGGAUAUGUGUGUUGGAACACCAGAUCCCACCUGAGACACACGGUGACUCCUCCCUCAAGGUGAAGAAUGUUACCGAUAUCUGCAAAAGCUCUCAAGUCAGCAGUGACCCUCUAACUCCCAUAAUCCCCCCAAGGACCAGUGUUGGAACACAGACGGAAUGGGCAAUAGAGCAUACUGGGUCCAUUGAGAGUAUUGAUACAGGGGAAGGGCAUGGAGUAUCUGAGAACGAAUCACUAAAUGGGGGAGUCACAGAUGGGAUUGGUGAUUUGGAUGGACCACGAGAGUUUGAACAGCUGUCUCAGAGCCAAGAACCUGACGAAGCAGCAGCUAAUGCACGUACUGUUCAUGCUGUGAAACCAACCAAGAACGAAUUGUUCCAUAGAAGUAGUACAUCUGACAAACUGGUCAAAGAUGCAAAAGAAAAAGUGAAAAAACUAGAGAGAAAAUCUGUCUCAUCUACAAAUCUACUUGGUGGUUCAUCAGGCUCAAGAAGGAGCAAUUAUAAUCUUGAAGGACUUACUGUAAAAGUAUUUCUCCGUGGCCGCCCAAUCACAAUGUAUAUACCAUCAAAUAUGCAGAACCAUGAUGACCACAAGCCAGAACUGCCCAGUGAGAAGCUUCAGCUAGAAUGGGUCUAUGGUUGCCGUGGUCGGGAUUCCCGAUGUAUCCUCCGCAUGCUGCAGUCAGGAGAGGUAAUAUACUUUACUGCCUGCGUCAUCAUUAUCUGUGAUGUCUCUCGUGGAACUCAACGGCAUUUUCUUCGGCACACAGACUGUGUGCGCUGUUUAGCAGUUCAUCCUGAUGGCGUUAGAGUGGCUUCAGGGCAAACAGCUGGAGUAGACAAGGAUGGUAAGCCCAUGGUGUAUAUAUGGGAUUCUUGUACUCUCCAGAUAUUACAUCAGAUUGGACUUGGCUUCUUUGAGAGGGGUGUGGGAUGUCUUGCCUUCUCAACAGCCGACUCUGGUUCAUUUCUAUGCGUUGUGGAUGAUUGCAAUGACCACGUGCUUUCGGUCUGGGAUACAGUGCGAGGAAACAAGAUAGCAGAAACUAAGAGCACUAAUGAGCCUGUACUAUGUGUGGCAUUUAACCCAGUGGAAAGCAGUAACAUUGUCACUGUGGGCAAAUCUCAUGUGCACUUCUGGACAUGGAGUGGAUCCUCCCUUACUAAGAAGCAAGGGAUCUUUGGGAAGUACAAGAAGCCACGGUAUGUACAGUGUUUACUGUUUGACCGAACAGGGGAUGUGCUGACUGGAGAUUCAGAGGGUCAAAUUUUGACCUGGGGAAGAAGUGCGGCAGAUACUAGGACUUUGGGUAAAGGAGCAAAAGACACCUAUCAGAUAGUACGUCACACCCGAGCUCAUGAGGGUAGCGUAUCCACUCUAACCGCCCUUCGUGAUGGUUCUGUUCUCAGCACAGGGGGCAAAGACAGACGUGUGGUGCUGUGGAGUGAGACACUGAGCCAAUUAAAGGAGAGUGAGAUAUCAGAGCAUUUUGGGGCAGUUCGUUCAGUUGCCGAGGGCCUUGGAGGGGAAUUAUUGGUUGGAACUACAAAGAAUGCACUACUGAAGGGGUCAAUGGAGCUCGGAUUCACACCUGUGAUACAGGGGCAUACAGAUGAAUUGUGGGGUCUGGCUACACAUCCUUCUCAGAACAUCUUCCUAACCUGUGGGCAUGACAAGCAGUUUUGCCUAUGGAAUGGCUCUGACCAUACACUGAGCUGGGGGUGUGUACUGGAGGAUCCUGGCCUGUGUGCAGACUUCCAUCCUAACGGCAGAGAGGUCUGUGUAGGAUUAAGCACUGGAAGGUGGGUGGUCCUGGAUAUUCAGUCUCACUGCACUCUUUACAUGCAUUCAGAUGGCAAUGAGCAGCUGUCUGUAGUCAGAUACUCACCAGAUGGUACCUACCUGGCUAUUGGAUCCCAUGACAACGUCAUUUACAUAUACAGCACUGGACAGAAGGACCAUAGGGUGGAAAGAGAGUGCUCUAGAGAGAUAUCAUUGGAAGAAAAAGACAUCUGCCGAGAGGAAGGAGACAGCCCUCGUGGAGAGGGUGACAGCUUUACCUCUGACAGAGUACACCGGUAUACACGUUAUGGAAAGUGUGUGGGUCACUCAAGUUUUAUAACACAUUUGGACUGGUCGAGAGAUGGAAAAUAUAUUAUGUCCAAUUCUGGUGACUAUGAGAUACUGUACUGGGACAUUGCUGGAGGGUGUAAACUCAUCAGGAACAGGUUUGAAAGUAAAGAUCGGGAGUGGGCAACUUACACCUGUGUGCUGGGAUACCAUGUCUUUGGGGUCUGGCCUGAGGGGUCUGAUGGGACAGAUAUUAAUGCUCUUGCUCGCUCUCGUGGGAUGACUCUCGUCUCAGUCGCAGAUGACUUCUGCAAGGUUCACCUCUUCCGCUAUCCUUGCAAUAAACCAAAGGCACCCAGCCAUGUGUAUUCUGGCCAUGGGAGUCAUGUGACCAAUGUCCGCUUUACCCAUGAUGACAGUCACCUUAUCUCACUGGGUGGCAAAGAUGCCAGCAUUUUUCAGUGGAGGGUAGUGGGAGGAGCCUACCUACCCCGAAGCCAUUCAUUGUCAUCGUCAUCGCUGGAAGCCACCCAGUAAACUCCAGAGCUGCUCCUCUUAGCACAGAGCCAAAGCUUACUGACAGAGAGUGCCUCCUAAUACAGUCACAAAGCAGCUAAUUCAGUUUUAUUUUACUUAAUACAGAGCACAACCUUCUAACACACACAGCCAUAGAGAUAGGCCUACUAAAUCAGUCUAACUAACUUGAUGUCUAAGACAUCUGCACAAGUCACUUCGUAAAGAUCCCUGCUAGCAAACUAUACACACUUACAAAUCACCAUAGGAAAGUGAAAAGCAGCUGAAGUUUCUCUUUACUUCCACAUCAGCUCAUCUGUACUUUUGUGUCUGCUGAUGCACAACCUGCCUUAUUCCUAAACCAAUAUCCAUAGUACCUGGAUGUCAAUCUUGAUUGGCAGGCCACCAUACAUGUACCAAUAAUCGUAUAAAACUUUGGUUCCUAUGAUAUUAUUGGUAGGUGUAUUGUUAGUUUUUAGGCCCCCAUUUGCUGCUAGUGUUUGGGGAGUUCCGAAUAAUAGUCACCCAUCCUACAGUCACACUAGCACCAUGUUUACCGUGAGUUUACCAGAGCCAUGCCUCUAACAAAACCCAAUAAUAUGAAAGACGCAUCUACUGACUGGAGAACCAUUCCCUCACCCUGGAUCUCCUGCCCUUUAUAUUCGUACCCUGCCUACCCAGCCCUCAUGCCCAAAAGCUUUCUAUUUUCUGCUCUUUUUUUAUUGCCCCUUCUAGCACUUUCUACUUGUCCAGGUGUAUAUAUAGGUACCAGUUUUAACAAACUGUGUUGAAUUUAUAUGGAUUUAUAUUAAAUUUGUAUGUGAAGCAUU